GGCAGGGAAUCCUCGUCGUCGUACCAGCGGUACGACAUACAGCAGGUGGCCAGGUGGGUGGAGCAGAUACUGCCCUUCUCACUGUUGCUGCUCGUCGUCUUCAUCCGACAACAUUUGCAAGGUUUCUUUGUGACAAUUUGGAUUGCUGCGGUGAUGUUCAAGUCCAACGAUAUCCUGUGUAAGCAGACUGCUCUGAAGAGGGAGAGAAAAAUUCCAGUUCUUGUCGGGAUUACAAUAUUAUUUGUUGUUCAUGUAUCUGGAUUUUACUGGUGUUACAAGAACGGGGAUCUUAUAAGACCUCUCAUGAUGCUUCCUCCAAAAGAAAUACCACCAUUUUGGCACGCAAUAUUCAUCAUCUUGGUGAACGAUACAAUGGUGCGCCAAACUGCUAUGGUUGUCAAAUGUUUACUGCUGAUGUACUAUAAGAACAGCAGAGGGCGUAGCUAUCGUAGGCAGGGUCAAAUGUUGACGAUUGUGGAAUAUUUUCUACUUUUGUAUCGUGCAUUAUUGCCUACACCUGUGUGGUACCGUUUUUUCCUGAACAAGGAGUAUGGAAGCCUAUUUUCGUCUCUAACCACUGGCUUGUAUCUCACUUUCAAGUUGACAUCUGUUGUGGAAAAGGUUCAGUCUUUUUUGACGGCAUUGAGAGCAUUAUCUCAUAAAGACUUCCAUUAUGGUUCAUAUGCAACAAGUGAGCAGGUAGUUGCUGCUGGAGACUUGUGUGCGAUAUGCCAAGAAAAGAUGCAUGUUCCCAUCCUUUUGCGCUGCAAACAUAUCUUCUGUGAAGAUUGUGUAUCCGAAUGGUUCGAGAGGGAGCGAACGUGCCCGCUGUGCAGGGCAUUGGUGAAGCCAGCAGACCUCCGCUCGUUCAGCGACGGUUCAACAAGCCUCUUCUUCCAGCUAUUCUAGUCCGAGACAGCCAAAAGAGCGGCAAGCCGGAGCGCUCCACCCGAUGAUGCAGAUGUUAGCUGUGUGUGUGCGUGUGUUGCUGCUUGCAACGCCUGCGAGCAGUGCGGCCCUGAUGCGGUGCUGGGAGAGUGUACACCAAGCUGAAGCUGAAGGCGUACAUGAUUGUGUAUUGUGACUGCACAUAUUUUCAUCAUCCCCUGUAUAGGCUCUCGCGUUGAUGCUUGAGCACCUGAGGAUUUUACCUGACCAUAUACGGCACAAAUUAUUACAUAAAUAGAAAUGGUGAGUAUAUA